AAGAGAGCCCCCGUGCCAGGCGCCGCGUUCCUCGGGCUCCGCUCGGGGCCCCAGCGCUUCGCCGCGGAGGGCCUGCCGGGCGCGGGGGAGGCCCCGCGGCGCGAGGGCGGCCGGCCGCUCGCGGAGGAGGCGCCCUGGGGCGCCGAGCUCGGCGAGACGUCCCUGCUGAACGUCGCCGUGAGGGAGCUGUGGCCGGAGAUGACGCGGUUCGUGUCCAGGAUCUUGAAGGAGAGCGUCGAGGACUGGGGAACGCGAACGACGGCAGGUUCGCGCCGCGUCGGCGCGGCGGCAGCCCCCGCGCGGGCGGUCGAGGCCGAACGACGCAGGACUCCAUCAAGGCGAGCGUCCCGUGGUUUCUGCAGGGCCUGGGCUUCGGGAGCCUGUCCUUCGGCGAGUCGGCGAUCGAACUGGAGCAGGUCGACGUUAGAGGCGUUGACCAGGUCUGCUCUUGGACCGGGCCCGUCAGAGACCUGAAAGUGACCGCGCAGAUCAACUGGGACGCCGCAGUCGACGUGUCUUGGAAGGCUAACAGCGGGACCCUCAUAUUCGAGCAGGUGGCCAUCAAGGGUAGCCUCGUCAUAUAUCUCAAGCGGAUGUUGCCGCGCCCCCCGUUCUUCUCUGGCUUGCGCAUCUAUUUCGCCGACCCGCCGCCAAGCGUGGCGUUAAAGUUGACCAUCGAGGCCUUGGGCCAGGCGCUGAGUCCGAUAUGGCUGGAGAACCAGCUGGCGUCAGCCAUCAGGAACGCACUCAUCGCGCAGCUGAUGCUGCCGCGGGUCGCGCCCAUCCUGUUGGACAUCAACGACGACGAUGCCUGGUUUCAGGUGCGCCGUGUGCUGCCCGAGGGCGUUCUCCACAUCCGGGUCGAGAGGGCAUCCGGCCUGGCGCCGCCGCCCAGCUCCGGCCUGCCGCCUUGGCUUCGGGCCGCGCCGAGCCGCAGCGCCUGCUGCCAGCUGCAGGUCGGCGACUCGCGGUGGCGCACCGUGGCCAAGCACCGCACCCUGAGCCCGGAGUGGUCGCCAGAGGAGGGCACGCACAGGUUUCUGGUCCACUCCCUCGCGGACCAGACGCUGGAGGUGCAGCUCCUAGACUCGCGGGACUCCUUCGGCGAGGGCGGCGACCUCCUCGGCGCCCGCGCCGUGCCGCUUGAGGACCUCGCGGCGAGCGAGCGCCACGAGCUGCAGCUCUUCUCGGGCGGGCUCGCGGGCACGGCCUGCCUCCGCGCCCGCUGGGCCCCCCUCGUGCUCGGCGAGCGGGCCGCGCGCCAGGCGCUCGGGCGCGCGCGGCAGCCCUCGAGCCGGAGCCGAGCGCUCGACGCGGACCCAGAGCCGGAGCCAGCGUGGGUGCUCUUCCUGGGCGUGGACCGGUGCUCCCUGGCCCAGGCCGCCGGGGGCCGCAGCUUCACGUGCGAGGUGGAGUGCGAGGGCGCCAAGGCCACCCUGGGAGGCCAGCCGCAGCGCGCCCGCGGCCUCUACGGCGAGGGCUGGGCCGAGGGCGGCCAGGGCGAGGGCACGGCCCCGCCGCCCAGCGGCGCGCCGCCGCCCUGGAGCCGACAGGGCGCCAGGCCCUCCUCGGCGCCUUCCGGGCCUCCCCGCGACGCUGCGGAUGAGGAGUUCGACUCGCUCGACGCGAACAACGACGGCUGCAUCUCCCGCCAGGAGUACCGCGCCGCGCGCCUGCUGGUGGAGGAGGCGGCCGGCGAGCCCGCCGGCGGAGGCGGCGGGGCUGCUGCCGCGAGCGGAGACGCGGGCGCGCCGGCCCCGCCGCCGGAGGGGUCGAGGGACGUCCACUUCCAGGCCGUCUUCACCCACCUGCUGAUCGGCAGCCCCGAGAGCACGGAGGUGCACCUCAGGGUGGCCUCCGGGCUGUUCGCCAUCGGGUCCGCCCGGUUCGACGUGAGCCGCCUUCUGUACGCACCCGCGAACACGGAGCGGAUCGGGCUGGCGCUGGCGCCCUCGAACACGGAGCGGAUCGCGGAAGCCCUUGCGGGGGACGCGGGGGCGGGGCCGCGAUUGCACGUGCUGGCGCAGCUUCGGGUGGCGUGCCCCGAA